ACAACCAUGGAGGAGACAGCUGGCUGGACAGAUGUCCAGAAGACAGUCAUAGACAGUGGUCCAAAGUCCUCUUUUCAGUUGAAAGUAACAUUUGGAUUUCAUUUGGACAUCAGAGUCUGAGAGAGAACCAGAAUCUACAUUGCUUGAAGUCCAGUGUGAACUCUCCACAAUUGAUGAUGAUCUGGGGUGCCAUGUCAUCUGCUGGUUCUGGUCCACUGGGUUUCUUGAAGUAUACAGUUACCUCAGCCAUCUACCAGAACAUUUUAGAGGACUUCCUGCUUCCUUCUGCUGACAAGCUUUACGCAGAUGCUGAUUUCAUUUACCAGCAGGAUCCACACUGCUAUAGGUACCAAAACCUGGUUCAAUUACCAUGGUGGUACUGUGCUUGGUUGGCCAUCAAACUGGGCUGACCAGAUGGAGUUCUGUCCAGGAAACUGAGUGAAACCAGAACCAAGAACGCAGAUGACCUGAAAGCAACGUUAGAGUUAAAGAGACCAGUUGAAUGAGUUUAUGUGGUUAAAAUCGUCUCUGCUGCAGUUUUGUUGGUUGUCAGCUCAGCUGAUGAGCUGCUGAAUCAUCACAUCUUCUCCUCUGAAGGUUUCUGGUUCCGGUUCUGGAAUCAUGUCUGACUCCAGUCACGAGUUGUUCAGCCUUCAGGCGUCAUUUCCUCUCAGUCUCUGAGCUGCAGGAGCAAAAGCGCUAAGUAAGAUGCCUUCUCUGCAGCAGAUCAGGACCGCUUUGGACGGUUCGGGUCAGGCCCACGUCCUGCGGUUCUGGCCGGAGCUCAGUGAGGAGGAGAAGGAGGUGUUCCUGCAGGAGCUGGGUCAGCUGGACCUGCAGCGGCUGAAGGAGCACUGCCAGGCGGCCGCAGAGACUGCUAAAGCCGCCACGUCCAGCAGCCUGGAUCGGAACCUGAACCUGGAGCGGGUUCCCCCGGAGAGCAUGGGCAGCGUGACGAGGAGCGACCCGGAGAAUUUGGCAGGAUGGGAACAUGAAGGAUUCCUGCAGAUCUCCAGGAAUCGUGUUGCAGUUCUGCUCCUGGCUGGAGGUCAGGGAACACGACUUGGAGUUCAGUAUCCCAAAGGGAUGUAUAACGUUGGGCUGCCGAGCGGAAAGACUUUGUAUCAGAUCCAAGCAGAGCAAAUCCUAAAAAUCCAGGAGCUUGCAGAGAGCAGAUGCGGCUCUAAAUGCACCGUUCCCUGGUACAUCAUGACCAGCGAGUUCACUCUGAAGCCCACCCAGACCUUCUUUCAGGAGAACUCUCACUUUGGCCUGGAGCCCUCAAACAUCAUCCUGUUUGAGCAGAGGAUGAUUCCAGCUGUCACCUUUGAUGGGAAUGUCAUCCUUGAGAGAAAAGGGAAGAUUGCCAUGGCUCCAGAUGGUAAUGGAGGUCUGUACCAGGCGCUGGUGGACAACAACGUGCUGGAGGACAUGAAGCAGAGAGGAGUGGAGUAUGUCCAUGUUUACUGUGUGGACAACAUCAUGGUGAAGAUGGCCGAUCCAGUUUUUGUUGGUUUCUGUGUGACAAAAGGAGCCGACUGUGGAGCCAAGGUGGUGGAGAAGGCCCAUCCAGAUGAGCCGGUGGGCGUGGUUUGCAGGGUGGGAGGGGUCCCUCAGGUGGUGGAGUACAGCGAGAUCAGACCGGAGAUAGCCCAACUCCGAGGACCUGCAGGAGAGCUGGUCCACAACGCUGGAAACAUCUGCAACCACUUCUUCACUAGGAGCUUCCUGCACGAUGUGGCUGAGAAAUUUAAGGAACAGCUGAAGCAACAUGUUGCUCUGAAGAAAGUCCCGUUUGUGGACUCUUGUGGGAACCAGGUGAAACCAACCAAACCCAAUGGGAUAAAGAUGGAGAAGUUUGUUUUUGACGUGUUCCCGUUCUCCAGGAACUUUGUUGCGUUUGAGGUCCUGAGGCAGGAAGAGUUUUCUCCACUAAAGAACUCUGAUGGAGCGGCUGCAGACACUCCAACCACAGCCAGAAACUCUCUGUUGGCUCAACACUGUCACUGGGUGAUAGCCGCUGGAGCCACCCUGCUGGACGAACAUGGAAACAGCAUCCAGAUUCCACCCAGCUCAUCAACAGAGAACCGUCUUCCUGUACAAUGUGAGAUUUCUCCUCGGGUGUCGUACUUUGGAGAGGGUCUGGAGCAGCUGCUGAAAGGGAAAACCAUAAAAACUCCCUUUAUUCUGGAUGAAGCAGCGGCUAAGGAACUGCAGGCUCAGUAGACCUCAUCAGAUCAGAGAAGGUUCUGAAAGACAAUCAGCCCAACGGAGAUAACAAGCCUGUUAGAUGAAGAGUCAGACCAGUGUGGUGUUGAACUGUGAGAACAUCAGGCUGCCACAUGUGAUGAUUCAUUGUGAUAAAACGAGUUAACCAAUCAGGGAUCAGCUAUCAGACAUAAAAUGUUUUUUACACCAACAAAUAAAGAUUAUUCAAACUGUU